UUGCAAUGCCCAUUUGCGAAAUCGAGCGAAAAUGAACACGAACGUGAAGCGCCUCCGCAAGGAGCUGCAGGAGCUCAAGAAGAACCCGGAGGAGGACAUGGUGCUGUACCCGGAGGAGGACACCAUCAUGCGCUGGAAGGCCUAUAUCCGCGGCCCCAAAGACACCCCGUUUGAGGACCGCUGCUUCGAGCUGGCUAUCCAAACCACACCGCUUUACCCCAUGGAACCGCCGAAGAUGAAGUUCAUCACCAAAAUCUUCCACCCCAAUGUGCACUUCAAGGAUGGCAGCAUCUGCCUGGACAUACUUAAGCGCGAGUGGUCUCCCGCGUGGACUUUGAGGGUGAGCAACGUGUUGCUAUUCUGCACGUCUGUGAGACUCACUAAUGUGUGGAUAUGCCUAGGCUGCGUGCUUGGCUGUGAUCUCGUUGCUGUCGGACCCAGCGGCAGACUCGCCCCUCAACUGCGACGCCGGUGAGUGAGCACUGUGAUGAUGACUAGAGAGGUGGGCUUAGGUACUGAAGCUGGCAUACUGUGUGUCGUGCAGGGAACAUGAUUCGUGCGGGUGACAUGUUGGCCUAUAACACCAUGGCUGAGAUGUACAAGAAGGAGUACGGACUGCUGGAGCUUCCCAAGGAUCCGUUCUAAGUCUGCAAACACAGCGCCUGUACAGUAAAGUUUGCAUGAACGUUUGGGCGUCUUAGGGUGAUAACAAAUCCACUGCUUAGACGUUUAUAUUUCUUCCUUCUGUCCAUUUAGCAACGCAGGAUGUUCGGCUUGCUUAACCAAGUCGCCAUAGUAAGCAGUCACG